UGUAUCCACCACGACGAGGAGGGGUUUGUUGAGGUCCUGGGCCAGUGGGAUCCGUCCGAUGGAAACACCAUUCUCGAUAUCUACGACAGCUCUGAAGGCCCUCUCACUGCGCUCACCUCCGCUAUGCGGAAGAUAACCCGCUUUACUCGCAUAUUGCCGACAUCAUUGUGGGCGAUAGACCCGAGGCGAAUCAGACCUUUGGUUGGUGGGCAUCGGAGGACCGACCUGUUAUUUCUUGGUGGUUCACACAUAUUCGUGACCAUGUGAGGCCCUCCAACGGACAGAUGGUUCCACUGGAACUACCGGAUAGCCGGUGGAGGGUCAUGAGUCUGCGCUGAUGAGUUACGUGAGACCUCAGCUCAGGAUUCACGGCCAUCGCUUGCAAGCAUAUCGGAGUCUGCCGAUGGGAUCACAAUCGCCACCUCCUCGAAUGUGUCAAUGCUGCGUCUUCUUCUCGUGCCUCAUACCCAGUCCAACCUGGUGCUGGGUCGUGGUCGUCAAGGUCGCCUGCUCUCCACCCUAUAUCCGGCCCAACUCGACCGCCAGGAUCGGUGAGGCUGACGAUGACUCGUACUCCCCCGAUCCUCCGAUCAACCAAUGGCCAGUCAUUAUGCGCUCUUGGCACACAUGUUUUAAUUUACAAUCCGACGUGGCGGUGGGAGUAGACAACGGGUCGUCGGUGCCGUCUUCGCGACUCACCAGGGAACCUAUGAUUCCCGCAGUAGCUUCGCCGCCGUUAGUUGCAGUCCUGCCCAAGAGCGGACGGUUGGCUCUCGGACUACAUCCUAACGGUAGGAGACUGUAUCAAGGUGGUGUUCGAGAAUGGCUAUAUGCAACGCGGCCGAAGUGGCCGGGGCUCAGGAGCCAAACGGCUGUUUGUUGGCCACAUCUCGGUUGUAAGCAGUCAGGAUCCCUGUUGCCAGUUAAUGUAUCGAUUUCCCAGCGAUAACCAACAAACCGUAAGUCUAUGCAACUGUGAAUCUGCAACCGUGUGGCACAUAGCACUCGGUGAAGCUGGUCGCAAGGCAAGGUUGUCGUAGGUUCGCUGCGCGGAGGCA